UAUGUAAACUUAUCCAAUUCAAUUCCUUGUUUGGCACAAAAAAAAAAAGAAAAAAAAAAUAAUAAUAAAUCUUAUUCACAGCAGCCAUGGCAGCAGCAUUGAGCUGCAAAAUAAUAUUCCACCCCACAAAAAAUAAACCCUACAAAAGAAUUUCUCACAUUUGUUGCAACAUGCAGCAGCCCACUCAGAGUAACAUUAAGGUGAUAAUAAACGGGGCAGCGAAGGAGAUUGGUAGGGCGGCGGUGGUUGCAGUGACAAAUGCAAGAGGAAUGGAAGUUGCUGGUGCAAUUGAUUCCUACCUUGUCGGCGAAGACAUCGGAAAGGUUUGUGACAUGGAAGAGCCUUUGGAAAUACCCAUAAUAAAUGACCUCACAAUGGUCCUAGGUUCAAUAUCUCAGUCAAAAGAAAUAGCAGUUGUGGUGGACUUCACCGACCCUUCAACAGUUUAUGAGAAUGUCAAACAGGCAACAGCAUUUGGAAUGAGAAGCAUAGUGUACGUACCCAGAAUCAAAACAGAGACAGUUUCUGCAUUGUCGGCAUUUUGUGAAAAAGCCAGCAUGGGUUGUUUGGUAGCACCAACUCUGUCGAUUGGAUCAAUUCUCCAACAACAAGCUGCAAUCACAGCAUCUUUUCACUACAACAAUGUCGAGAUUGUUGAAUCAAGACCUAAUUCAGGGGAUUUUCCAUCACAGGAUGCAAUACAAAUAGCAAACAAUAUCACAAACCUCGGUCAGAUAUACAAUAAAGAAGAUAUUUCAACAGACGUUCUGGCAAGGGGUCAAGUUCUUGGAGAAGAUGGAGUGAGGGUGCACAGUAUGGUUCUCCCUGGUCUCCCGUCCAGCACCACCGUCUAUUUUUCCCGUCCAGGCGAGGUUUACACAUUGAAACACGAUGUUACAGAUGUGCGAUCCCUCAUGCCGGGGCUAAUUCUGGCAAUCAGAAAAGUAAUACGCCUCAAAAAUCUGGUGUUCGGUUUGGAGAAGUUCUUGUAAGAGACAAGCACCGAUGAACUUCAUUUUGUUCCUACACCACAGUGGAAAAACAACAUAUCUUUCUUGUAAUAAAUAGUCUUUCGAGGAAAUAUGAAACAAUUUUUACCGUUAAUGAUCGUAUGCAAAUACGCAAUGAAAGAAACACUAUGGUGUAAAUUUA